AUGACUGCACAGUUAAGAGCCUCCUAUCUUUUCCUCUUUCUUCUAACUGGCUUCUUCCGUCAGACAAAUCCCAAGCCAGAGAAAAUGAAGAUGAACUGCUACAAAGAUGUGAAAGGCACCAUCUAUGACUAUGAGGCUGUCACUAUUAACAGGAAGGAGCGCAUUCAGUUCAAGCAGUAUGUGGGCAAACUUGUCCUCUUUGUCAACGUGGCCACUUAUUGUGACCUGACAGCUCAGUAUCCUGAACUGAAUGCACUCCAAGAGGAGCUGAAGCCCUUCAACUUGGUUGUAUUGGGCUUUCCCUGCAAUCAAUUUGGAAAGCAAGAACCAGGGGACAACAAAGAGAUUCUUCCUGGGCUCAAGUAUGUCCGGCCAGGAGGAGGAUAUGUACCUAAUUUCCAGCUUUUUGAGAAAGGUGAUGUGAAUGGUGAUAAAGAACAGAAAAUCUUCACCUUUUUGAAGCGCUCCUGUCCUCACCCCUCUGAGAUUAUGGGCUCAUCCAGACAUAUCUCCUGGGAACCCAUAAAAGUCAAUGAUGUCCGCUGGAACUUUGAAAAGUUUCUGGUAGGGCCUGAUGGAGUCCCUGUCAUGCGCUGGUUCCACCGGACUGCAGUCAACACAAUCAAGUCAGACAUCCUGUCCUACCUGAAGCAAUUCAAAACUAAAUAG